GAGAGGUGUCGCUGCCCACCCCACGGAGCGGAACCGGACGGGCUGUAGUGCCCCUCGCCCCGGGCCGUGCCGCUGUGAUCAAUUGCAGGGGCCGCCCCGGGGGCGGGGCGCGGCGAAGAUGGCGGCUCCCCUGGCUGGGCCGGCGCGCGCGGCGCUGCGGGACCUGGCGCUGCGACCCGCCCGCCUGCGCGGCGGCGCCCCGGCUGUUCAAUUAACCUCUAGACGAUGGCUGAACCUGCAGGAGUACCAAAGCAAAAAACUAAUGGCAGACCAUGGGGUUACAGUUCAGAGAUUCUUUGUAGCUGAUUCUGCAAAUGAUGCCCUGGAGGCCGCUCAGAGGCUAAAGGCAAAGGAAAUUGUUCUGAAGGCACAGAUUCUGGCUGGAGGGAGAGGAAAAGGUGUUUUCAAUAGUGGAUUGAAAGGAGGAGUUCAUCUAACUAAGGACCCUAAGACUGUUGAACAGCUUGCUAAACAGAUGAUUGGGUACAAUCUGUCGACAAAGCAAACUCCAAAGGAUGGCGUGACAGUUAAAAAGGUGAUGGUUGCGGAAGCACUGAAUAUUUCCAGGGAAACAUACUUCGCAAUUUUGAUGGACAGAGCCUGCAAUGGACCUGUUAUGGUUGGCAGUCCACAGGGUGGUGUCGACAUAGAAGAAGUUGCAGUUACUAGCCCAGAACUUAUCUUUAAGGAGGAAAUAGAUAUUUUUGAAGGCAUAAAGGAUCAUCAAGCAUUGCAGAUGGCGAAAAAUUUGGGAUUCAAAGGACCUUUGCAGCAGCAGGCAGCAGAUCAAAUUAAGAAGCUGUAUAAUCUUUUCUUGAAAAUUGAUGCCACUCAGGUUGAAGUGAAUCCCUUUGGUGAAACUCCAGAAGGGCAAGUUGUUUGUUUUGAUGCCAAGAUAAACUUUGAUGACAAUGCAGAAUUUAGGCAAAAAGAAAUAUUUGCCAUGGAUGACAAGUCUGAAAAUGAGCCUAUAGAGAAUGAAGCUGCCAAAUAUGACUUAAAAUAUAUAGGACUGGAUGGAAAUAUUGCUUGCUUUGUCAACGGAGCCGGACUUGCGAUGGCAACAUGUGAUAUAAUAUCGUUGAAUGGUGGAAAGCCAGCCAACUUCCUGGAUCUCGGUGGAGGUGUGACGGAAGCAGAAGUAUAUCAAGCGUUCAAGCUGCUAACAGCUGAUCCAAAGGUUGAAGCAAUACUUGUCAACAUUUUUGGUGGUAUCGUGAACUGUGCCAUCAUAGCCAAUGGUAUCACCAAAGCUUGCCGAGAGCUCGAGCUGAAAGUGCCUCUGGUGGUCAGACUGGAAGGAACAAAUGUUCACGAAGCCCAGCGUAUUCUGAAUGAAAGCGGACUCCCCAUCACGUCUGCAAAUGACCUUGAGGACGCGGCAAAGAAGGCAGUGGCUAGUGUGGCCAAAAAAUAACAACUUCAAGAUCUUCUCAUGGAAAGCACGUGUGUUUCACAAGACAAUAUCAUUCCUGUUGUUUCAGAGAGGAGUAAUGGAGUUUUUCUAAGCAGUCAUUUGUGUUGGUUGACUUAAUUUGUAAUAAAUGGCAAUCUUGGGCCCUAGGCUUGCAAAUUAGGCUUCAGAAAUUUUGCAGCUACAUUCUUGAAUGGUUUGUGUCUUCAUCUAAUUUUGCUAACUUUGUUAUUCAGAACUGUAGUAAUAGUUCACUCCAUAAAGAUCUUUUUCUACUUUCCUUCCAAAAUUUCACUGAUAAACUCACGAUAAGAUACAAUAAUUAUUAAUUUACUUCUAGUGACAGGACUGUUCUUUAAUCAAACACAUUUAGUUCACCUAUUUAACUAUUUUCAUUCAUUUUUUUUAUAGGGUAAAGAGGCAGCAAACUAAUAAUAGGUUUCUAUUUUUUAUGGACUUUUACAAUAAUGUAAAAAAUUGUGCUUACAAUAUCUAUUUUUAUUCAAAUGAUUAACGUUUAUUUUCUUUUUUAGAAAUCACACAUUUUGCCUUAAGAAGAUUUUCUUUUGUAGAUGCCAAAGUAUACCUCACAAUAGGAAAAGGGAUUGAAUAGUUGGUAGUGAAAAUACCUUCCAUUCUUACACUGUGCCUAUAAGCCAGCAAAAUGUGAUUCAUUUUAUUUUCUGCUGUUUGGAAAUGAUGUGCAGUAUUUCUAGCGGUAGCAGUGCCAUACAGAGAGCUCCAGGAGGAUGUGUCUGCCACUAGGAAAAUGGCUACUAACUUUUUAAAAUAACCUCUUUCAUAACUAUGUCACUGCUGUGAGAUUUUAAAAUAAGAUGUGAACCUGAAGCAGUUUUCUCUCAGGAGCAUGGAGUAUUCUCCCAUUUAUAUAACUUCCAAAACCCAGUUCUGAUUUAUUUGGAAUAAAACACAAAUUAACUUUUCCAUUUUUAAAGUAUUUGAUUUCUCAGGCAUCAGUAGAAAUGCGUACAAGAAAAAAAAAAUAUAGUUUUCAGUACUCAGGGUAUUGACUGAGGUUUAUUUUCAUUAUAUAUUCUUCUGUAACAGUCAAAAUUCAAGCUGUUAGUUGCACAGAUCAUUCAUCUGGGGAACAGAAGACAAUACCAAAUGGUUUGUGUAAGUAAAGAACUUA